AUGAGUGCAACCGCAGGAUUUUUUUCGGGAGCGCCAAAUUCGUUUUGGGACUAUGUCAUAUCACCCCACCUAAUAUUGUUGUUUGCUUUUAUUCCUCUCUCUAUGAUUCUACGCAUCUUUGGACUGGGAGCUGUGGUUUUUCUGCCUAUUCUUCCCUUGGGAAUAAUAGGCACGGCUGUCAUGUUUAUUUUGUUGCCAAUUCCCAUUCUUGAGCCCGUUGGCGGCCAUUACCACGUUGGCAUUGUACACGUACACAGCCGUCACUCCCAGACGAUGCCACCACUGGCUGUCUACUACCCCACGAAUGAAACCCCACGACGCAAAGGUAUCCAGUACAUUCCCUUUAAUGAUGUUCGGUUCAUGAGUGGGCUCUCAUCUCGUGCAGGUGUCCCUCUUUAUUUGAUGAGGGAUUUUCUCUUUGUGCGGUUGCGAGCAACUGAGGGUGCGAAGCCAAUUCCUCUUAUUAACAGCAGCGGGAUUCCACUUCCCGUGAUUAUCUUCAGUCAUGGUCUGUACGGGUAUCAUCGCUUGUACAGUGCUCUGCAGGCUGAUCUGGCAUCUCGUGGGGCAGUUGUGGUGAGUGUCGGGCAUUGCGACGGAAGCGCCUCGUUUAUGCGUGACAGUGAAAGGGGAGGCAAAGAGUUUUUUCUCAGACAAGUGGACUGGGAUUCCCCCGUCUGUGAGGAAGCACUUGCCCAACGAGUUAUGGAAACCCGACGAACACUCAAGCGUCUCUCCGAAAAGGAGUUUUGGAAGGAACUGGGCUUUGCCGACUUGGACGUUGAGCAGUAUCUUCGCCAAUCGCCACGAGUUCACUUGUCGGGUCACUCAUUUGGCGGGGCAACGGCGCUUGUUGCUGCCAUGCAGGAGGAGCAGGAGUCUAAACCCAAUGAAAACCCCGUUCAAAGUGUUAUGGUCUUUGACCCUUGGCAUAAACCUUUGCAGAACGAACUGUUUUUGAAGCCGAUAGAAGAGGGUCGCAACCGGUACACAACCCCGACGCUUAUGGUACAUUCUGAUGCAUGGGUUCAGGAUAGAUCCAUUUGGAAUUUUUUUCAACGCAUUACAACACUUCUUUUUUCGCAACCUUCGAUUUCUUCCCUCAGUGAGCGAGAGAAACGGAUGAGAUUUGUGACCGAAAAAACUGGCAGUACAAAUCAUUACUCGGUGAGUGACGUCGUUCUCUUAAGUCCGGUAAUUCACGGCUGCAAAAAUUCUAUUUUGCCUCCGCGAGUGCAAAUUAUGGAGUGGUCCAACACAUGUCUUCGUUUUAUUAAAGAACAUGCAAUGUACACGAGCAGGACAUCUGCGCGAUAG